GCGGGGUAAAGCGGGGCGCAGGGGAGGGGGGGCCGCCUGAGCCGCGCGCACCCCCGGGCUCCCCCCUCCGCUCCCGCGCUUCCAACACCUCCACACCAUUUUUCCAAUUUUUUUCCCUAAUUAUUACCACCGUUUUCCCCGCUAUUUUUAAUAUUUUUUUAAAUUUUUUCUUAAUUUUUUUUUUAAAUCCCCCCCCUCUCCCCGCUCAUUUUCCCCGCUGUUAUUUUAUUUUUAUUAUUUUUUUUGGGGGAUUUCAGUGGGAAUGGAAGGGCGGAGGGGAUUCCGCACCAGGAGCGCUUUUGGCACGGGGGGAAGUCGCUCCUUUUUCCCGGGAAAUGACAGAAAAACGCGAGCGGCUCCGAGGGGCGACGGACGGCUCUCAGGUUGGGACAAUAUUUGGCAGCCGACAGAUAAGCCAAAGCUUGCCUCUCCCGGCCCAAAAUUCCCACUCGUGCCACGGAAAAGGACGGCGAAAGCAAAUCUCCGCAGACCGUCUGGCGGCAAAAAAGCACCCGGAGCCCUCCAAGAAACCUUCAGGGGCCGCGGUGAUAAUUAGAAUUAAUAAGAAUUAUAGCAGCGAUAUCGCUAAUAAUAAAUCCCGCGCCCGAAAGGCGAAAGAUUCCUUUUUUUUGGGGGAGAAAAAAGCAAAUUUGCAGCAGCCCCCCUCCCUCUCCCCCUUGAGUUUGGAAGGAAGCACCCCGAGCAUGAGGGCGUUGGAAAAAGGAUUUGGGAGCGGAGCAGUGAGGAAUCCUCUCCACCCCGAGCCGGCUUUUCCUCCUUCUCCUCGGAGUCCUGGAGUCUGGCAGCCCCGCUCCUCUCUCCAAGCCGGCCUCGGAUCUGCCCGAGCAGCCCCCAACACCCGGUCAGCUCCCACCAGACAGCUGGAGAGGGGCCGUCACGUGGCCUCGGGGUGCCAAUGUUCUGCCAUAGGGGUGUCAAGACCCUGGUAGGCACAAAAACGCUCGCGGAAGAUGCAGAAGGCCUCGUACUACGACAGCUCCACGCUCUUCGGGGGUUACUCCUACGGCAGCGCCGCCGCCGCCAAUGGAUUCGGCUACGAGGGCGCCCAGCCGCCUUUCCAGGCCUCUUCCCACGUGGAGAACGACUUCCAGAGGUCCUCGUGCUCCCUGCAGUCCCACGGCAAAAAUAAAGAGCUCAACGGGAGCUGCAUGCGGCCCGGGGAGACGCCGGCGUCGCCCGACGCCGCCGACGCCGACGGCGGCAGCGGCCGGGCCGGUGGCGGGAAAAACAACCCCGGCAAAGGCAGUGCGGGGGCCGGCGCCGGCAUCUCCAAGCAGAUCUUCCCCUGGAUGAAGGAGUCGAGGCAGAAUUCCAAGCAGAAGAACGGCUCGCCCGGCGCAGAAACCUGCGGCGGCGGAGGCGGAGGCGGCGGCGGCGAGAAAAGCCCCCCGGGCUCCUCGGCCUCCAAGAGGGCGCGCACGGCCUACACCAGCGCCCAGCUGGUGGAGCUGGAGAAGGAAUUCCACUUCAACCGCUACCUGUGCCGGCCGCGGCGCGUGGAGAUGGCCAACCUGCUGAACCUCAGCGAGCGCCAGAUCAAGAUCUGGUUCCAGAACAGGAGGAUGAAGUACAAAAAGGAUCAGAAAUCCAAAGGCAUGGGCGGCUCUUCCUCCGGAGGGCCUUCCCCCGCGGGCAGCCCCCCGCAGCCCAUGCAGGCCUCGGCGGGGUUCCUCAACGCCUUGCACCCCAUGAGCGGCGCCUACGAGGCGCCGUCGCCGCCUUCCUUCAGCAAACCCCACCAAAACGCCUACGCCGUGGCCGCCCCCGGCUACCAAGCGCCCCUGAAGGGUUGCCCGAGCCAGCAGAAAUACGCCGGGGCCGCCGCCGCGGCCGAGUACGAGCCGCACGUCCUGCAGGCCAACGGCGUGGCCUACGGGACGGCCGGCAUGCAGGGCAGCCCCGCGUACGUCGGAGGGAACUUUGUGGAUUCUCUGCCCGCCUCGGGCCCGGCCCUUUACGGCCUCAACCACCUGGCCCACCACCAGGCCGCCGGCGUGGACUACGGAGGGGUCCCCCCGGGCCAGCCCCACGGACCGUGCGAGAGCCACGCCGCGUACGCGGAGCUCUCGUCGCACCACGCGACUUCUCAGGGCAGAAUCCAAGAGGCGCCCAAGCUCACCCACCUGUGAGAGGGGAAGCUGUUUUGGGGAGAAAAAGGGUGGUUUGGGUUUCAGGGAUGUUUGUGUUGGGGUUUUUUUUUUCCGGCCUCGUUGGUUUUGGCGGGGUCUUCACGCUCGGGGUUUUGGGGUUUUGUUACGAGCACAAAAUCCAAGAGGUUUUGGUGGCUUUGGAGGGGAGGAACCUCGUGGGUUUUGACGCAAGUUCUUCUGAAACGGGCUUGGGGUGGUUUUGUGGGAAUUCUGCAGGGUUUGAGUGGCCAAAUCCAUCGUUUCCAAGCCACGUCCGGGUCGUCACCGAUAAUUCCCGGAUGUCGGGAAGGAGAAGAGUCCGCCAGUCAAGUUUUGGGGUCUCUGUGUCCAAAAAACCCCCAAAGAGAUCCACCAGGAAUCUCCCCCGUCCUCCGAGUCCUUCUCCCGAUCCACCUGUGCGUUCCUCCCCAGCGGAAAAGGGAAAAACCCGAUUUCCCACGGGAAAAACCCGAUUUCCCACGGGAAAAACCCGAUUUCCCACAGGAAAAACCCAAUUUCCCACGGGAAAAACCCAAAUUCCAGCUGGAAAAAGGAACAAUCCCAUUUCCCACAGUGUAACUCCCCACCGAAUCCCCCAAACCUGCAAAUCCCCACACCCGCCAAGGCCCGGGAGCCACGCCCGUCCCUCCAGGCCCUGCUCCCCCCCUCCAAAACAACAACACAAAAAAAUGUUUUUAAAAAUUCGGGAUGAGAGAGGUCUAACCCCGCAAAGGGUUGAGGAAAUUGUUGGCAACGCCUAAAUCCCCCUUUUUUCCCCCCCACCCAAAAUUCCAAAGAGAGGAAGAAAGAGCUCCCAGGUCUGAACAUUUCCCUUCCUUCGCCUCUGCUGAGGCGAAAUCUCAAUUUCUCCAUUUGGGGAGGGUUUCUUUUUUUUGGGGGAUGGGGUGUUUUUUAGGGUUGAUGAGCAGAAAAAAAAAAGCAAUUUGGGGAAAUCCUGAGCUUCUUUCCUCCUCUCCUUUGAGCUGACGUGAAAACAGGGUAUAUUUGAGCAGAGGGAAUGUCCUCCCACGGAAGCAGAAGCCGAGGGAUCCUGGGAUCUGCUGACGCUUUCCUGCCUGGACAUCUUUGUUGCACUUAGAGUUUACAUAUAAUGGGUAUUAAAAAAAUUAAUAAUAAUAAUAAUAAUAAAUAAAAGCGACUUUGAAGGGCUCUCAGCUCCGUCGAGGCGCCCUUCAGUUAGGUGUGUGUUCUGGUGAACAUUCUUAUAUAUUUAUUGGUUAUAGCCAGUUGAAUUUUUUUUUUUUCUUUUCUUUUUUUUUAUUAUUUAUCCCCCCCCCCCCAAGACCAUGUAUUUAUAUGAGGGAAAAGCAACGAAACAAAAAAAAACCACGACAAAAAUAAGAAUCAAACGGUACUUUUUUAGUAUUUCCUUCCAAAAAAAAAAAAAAAAAAAAAAAAAAACAGAAAAAAACUAAAAAAAAAAAAUUAAAAAAAGAACCUUGUGUUCCCCUUGUCACUGUACCACGAGCUCCUUUUAGUUAUGGUAAUUUAGGGAGAAGCAGUAGUUUUAUGAAUAAUGUAAUUAGUUCUACUGGAGGCAUGAGAGCAGAAGCAGACUGUAAUUGUUUAGUCCUGAAUUAGAAGAAUUUCAUCGCGGCUCCCUCCCCUCCCUCCCCUCCUCGCCGGAGCUCUUCCUUUGUUCUUCCAGUAGUUCUUUUCUUUCCUCCCUUCGAGGCUUGUCUGCUCAACAAUUCCUGAAUAAACUUUUCUGUU